AUGGCGACACGGGGGAACUCCCUGCGCGAUCGCCAGAUCCCCGAGAAUGACGACUCCCAGAGCAACGGAUUCUUGCCAUCAUCAGCCCCAAUCCUGAACAGUAAUGGGGAUCCCAUAUGGAAGGUCUUGGUCUUCGACGACCUGGGUCGAGAUGUCAUCAGCAGUGUUCUGCGGGUGAGUGAUCUGCGGUCAAUGGGUGUGACUAUGCACAUGCACAUCAACUCUGCCCGGCACCCCAUCUCAGAUGUCCCUGUCGUGUAUCUCUUGGAGCCCACGGCCAAGAACCUUCAAGGAAUCACGGCCGAUCUGCAAAAGGGUCUCUACUCACCCGCCUACAUCAACUUCCUCUCUUCAAUCCCUCGACCGCUUCUCGAGGACUUUGCCACAGAGACUGCUGCAGCCGGCACCUCGGAGCAGAUAGCCCAGCUAUUCGACCAGUACCUGAACUUUGUCGUCGCUGAACCUGAUUUGUUCAACUUGGGCAUGCAGAAGGAGCACACCUACUGGGCACUCAACAGUGCCAAGACAAACGAUGAGGAGCUGGACCAUGUGAUUGACCGCAUUGUCAGCGGCUUGUUCAGUGUCAUUGUCACUAUGGGUGUCAUCCCUAUUAUCCGGUGUCCCAAAGGUGCUGCCGCAGAGAUGAUCUCGGCCAAGCUUGAUCGCAAGCUUCGAGAUCAUAUCCUCAACUCCAAAGACAACCUCUUCUCCUCAUCAAGCAAUCGGCCCGCGUCAUCUGCGGCAGGCGCGCCUCAAUCCCGGCCGGUCCUGGUCAUCUUGGACCGCAACGUGGAUCUGAUUCCCAUGCUGUCACACUCGUGGACUUACCAAUCCCUCGUGCACGAUGUUCUCAACAUGAAGCUGAAUCGCAUCACCAUUGAGACCCCCGUAGACGAGACCAAUCCCGCCAGGGGCACUACCAAGAAGGCCUAUGACCUGACGAGCCACGACUUCUUCUGGCAGCGCAACGCUGGACUUCCCUUCCCUCAGGUGGCUGAAGACAUCGACGCCGAAUUAUCAAAGUACAAGGAAGAGGCGUCAGCAAUUACCAAGAAAACUGGAGUAUCAGAUAUUGAAGACCUGCAAAACGAUACCAGCGCCAGCGCCCAACAUCUCAAGGCAGCGAUAACAUUGCUGCCGGAGCUGAGGGAGCGCAAGGCAACCUUGGACAUGCACAUGAACAUUCUAGCUGCCCUGCUCAACGGCAUCAAGAACCGGCAAUUGGACAACUACUUUCAGCUCGAGGAGAAUGUCGCCAAGCAGACAAAGGCCCAGAUGCUCGAACUACUCAAGGACCAGACAAAGGGCAACCAGCCCUUGGACAAGCUCCGGCUGUUUAUCAUCUGGUUCCUGAGCACAGAGCAAGAUGUGUCCAAAGCGGAGUGGACCAGCUUUGAGGAGGCGCUCACGGCGGCUGGCGUGGACAGCACCUGCCUCUCGUACAUCAGACAAGUCCGCGCCACCACCAAGAUGACGCAGCUCACCACCAUCUCGGCCGCCAACCCGCAGCAGCCGACGGGCGACAUCUUCCACCGUUUCUCCAACAUCUCGUCGCGGCUCACGGACCGCCUCAAGGAGUCCGGGGUGCCCACGGGCGCCCUCUCGGCCAACCUCGACUCGCUCAUCGGCGGCAUCAAGAACUUUUUGCCCGCGAACCGCGACCUGACCAUCACCAAGAUCGUCGAGUCCAUCAUGGACCCCUCGGCCGCCUCGAGCUCCGCCAUCGCCAAGACGGAGCACUACCUCUACUUCGACCCGCGCUCCGCCAACGCGCGGGGCACCAUGCCCCCGCCCAGCGCCCUCCGCGCCGCCGGAGCGGGCUCGCCCGCCCCGGGAGCCAUGGCCGGGUCGGGAGGGUCUGCCGCGGGCGGGAUCGGCGCGGGUGGCGGUGGUGGCGCCGGCGGCGGCGGCACGGGCGCCAGCUUCGGCCAGCGGCGGCAGGGGUUCUCCGAGGCCGUCGUGUUCACCGUCGGCGGCGGCAGCAUGGACGAGUACGGCAACCUGCAGGAGUGGGUGGCGAGGACGAGCGGCGGCGGCGGCGGCGGCGGCGGCGGCGCCUCGGGCGACAGGGCGCCCAAGAGGAGGGUCGUGUACGGCAGCACCGAGAUGGUCAACGCCGGCGAGUUCAUCGCCGAGGAGCUCGAGAAGCUGGGGCGCGAGAUCUCGUAA